GCAAACACCAUUCAGAAAGAUUUUUUUUUUUUUUCCUCGACGUACUACCUCUCGUUUGGAAGACCACAACCAUCUAUCCAUUAACGGUCUCCAACCCACCAAGAGCUCCCGCUUCCAGAAUAUUCGCAGGAAUGACUGCUCUUCAUCAUGGAAAUAUGAAUUGCAGCAUCUUAUGUAAAAGGGAAGUGGUUUCCUUCGUGGGUUUUGCGGCUCUUCCAUUUUCUCAGCCGAGGGCGAGUGCCUUUGAAGGUUUGGUGAGAGUGGGGGAGGCAUGUGAGCUGUUCGGACCAGACUAUAUAGUUGUUGCAUUAACAAGUUUUAUAAGUUUAUUGGUUCUUUUGGUGCAAAGAAUGGGUAAAUGCAAGGGUUGUGGGAAAUUAGGAAGAAUGGCGCCAAGGGAUGGGUCUGUUAGUGCUUAUGAUUCUGCUCUUCUGUUGUCUCCUGUUGUUUCUGUCUGGGACUGCAUUGUUCGUAAAAUGAGGUAUUCCUACAUACCCGAGUGGGUGUAGUUAUCAGGGCUAUCACCUUAUGUUAGUGUUUUGCACCAUAUUCUAUUAUACUUUGCUUUGUAUCAACAAAAAAAGGGAAAUGUAUGAAGUUUGAGGAAUUUACUUAGAAUAGAAGUGGAGGAAAGGUGACUGAGUAGGUUGGUAGUUUUCAUGGAUAGCAAGGGAUUUAAUAAAGUGCAACCUGUUGUGAGGAAAGGGAAAAAGAAGCAGGUGAAGGAUGAGGUUGAUCGAAUGAAACAGGCUGAGAAGAAAAAGAGGCGCUUAGAGAAAGCCCUUGCUACUUCUGCAGCCAUCAUUUCUGAACUAGAGAAGAAGAAACAGAAAAAGAAAGAAGAACAACAAAGGCUUGAUGAAGAGGGUGCUGCAAUUGCUGAGGCUGUUGCUUUGCACGUCUUACUUGGUGAAGACUCAGAUGAUUCAUGUAAGAUUGUUCUGAAAAAAAAUGAAGGGUUCAACCCUUGGGAUAUUCCUGAUAACAUUGACCUAUUUGUGAGUGGUAAGAGGUCAGGCUUUCCUUAUCAGGACUCUGACAAGCACCCGCUUGAAGGGAUUGGGUGGGUUUCUAAUCCGUAUAUGUCUGAAUGUAAGUGGGGUGGCUUGGAGAGGGGUGAGUGGUCAUUCUCAUCUGGACCUUUUGCAAGGGAUUUUCCUGCCCCAUAUUUUGAGGAAGCAGGUUGGGGAACUACGGGAUUCUCAGCUGGUCUUAUUGCAGCCCAGGCUGUUUCAUCCCUCCAGAUUGCAGAGGAUGCUCACGAAGACACGAUUGUCCUGAAUGGAAUGUUAAGGGGAUAGAAUGCACAGCUACAGAAGUAUCUCCAGUUACUUACAGUUGUUUCGGUAGCAUAUCAUGAUUAUUAUUCUGUUUAUAUUUUCCAUAAACGAGUCCUUUGUUGGUAGUUGGAUACAUGCGUUGCUUAUUGAACAAUGUUUAAAAAGUGUUGCGCUAUGUUGUCUUCUAUUUAUAAGCAUCAGUUUAUAUUCAGUUCAUUGAGAUUUGGGACCACAAGUUUCUACAAAUUUUACAUUGAAUUUAGUAACA